AUGGGUAAAGAAAAAGUUCAAUUGCGUAUUAUGAUAAUUGCUCAAGUGGGUUCAGGCAAGACAACUCUAACUGAACGAUUAAUCGAUUUAAGUAAUGGUAUUCACAGACAAACACCAUCUUUACAUGAUUGCAGUAUUACUACUGAAGCCUCACCGACUAAUUUCGAAACUAUGAACUACUGCGUUACUAUCGUCAGAAAUCUUAAUCAUCGCGAUUUUAUUAAGUGCGCAUUGAAGCCUUCAAUUCAGGCUGAUUGUGCCUUGUUGAUUGUGUCGGCUUGUAUGGAUGAGUUCGAGAACAGUAUGUCAAGUUUUGGUCAAAUGCGUGAAUAUGUUUUAUUGGUUUAUACACUGGGUGUUAAACAACUGAUUGUUGCAAUCAACAAGAUGGAUGCUGAUGAUGUGUGUUAUUCAGAAGAUCGCUUCAAUAAUAUCAAAACUGAAGUAUCUAACUUCAUUGUAAAAGUUGGAUUUAAGCCCGAGUGUGUAGCAUUCGUUCCCAUCUCGGCUAUACAUGAUGACAAUCUGUUUGAGGUAUCCAACAGAAUGCCUUGGUUUACAGAGUGGACUCUCAAACGAGAGGGAGGCAUGAUUACUGGCAAAACUAUACUAAAAGCUCUCGAUGCUGUCAUUGUACCUCAGCAACCAAUCGAUAAGCCACUUCGACUGUUUGUACACGAUAUUUUUAAAGUACGUGAUAUUGGAACAGUAGUCGCAGGUCGAAUCGAAACAGGUGUGCUAAAACCGAAUAUGAUCGUUCAAUUUUCUCCAUCGAAUAUAAUUGCUAAAGUUCAGUCGAUCCAAAUGCAUCAUAACUCUUUAGAUGAGGCUCGACCUGGUGACACCAUUGGUUUUCAUGUGAAGGAUGUCAGUUUAGAAAAUCUACACCGUGGUUUCAUCUGUUCCGAUCCACAACAUGAACCGGCUCAGCAGGCUGCCAGUUUCAUUGCUCAAAUUAUAGUGUUCAAUCAUCCAAUAGAAAUUAGACAAGGUUACACUCCUGUACUUUACUGUCAUGCAGCACAUAUUCGUUGUCGAUUCGUUGAACUCUUAGAAAAAAUCGAUCGAAGAACAAACAAGACUAUCGAGACAUCUCCGAAAUGUAUUAAGUCAGGUGAAACUACUGUUAUCAAAAUAGUACCACUGGAACCCAUAUGCGUUGAGACUUAUCACAACUAUCCAACUUUGGGUCGAUUCGUUAUUCGUAACAUGAGACAAGCGGUGGCAGUCGGUAUCAUCAAAGAAGUUGAAAAGAUAAAAGUUCCAUUGGACGAUAUGAUCACUGCUCAUACUAACCAAGACUAA